GCUGACGUCACUCGGCCAAUCAGCGCGCGGCGGCGGUUUCAUUCAAAUCUGAGCUUCUUGCAGGAAAGUCAUGGAGCAGCCGGAAGAUGCUGUGCCUUCAUCUUCUGGAGGCGAAGGUUGCCCAGAUUCGGUGCCCAUCGGUGCCAUAACGUGGGCAGCCCCCUUGGACUGGCUGGAGGAGAUCCUCCCUGGCUCUCCGGUCCUCGAAAACCUCCGUCGAAGCCUCCCUCGCCCUUCUUCUCGUCUGAAUGCCCAAACCCCUGUGGCUGUCCAGACGCCAACUCUUGUAGGAACCUAUGGGAGUCCACCUUUCGAGGUGAAAACUCCCAUCUUGCAGGGUGCUGGUGCCACUCCGUUUUUCUCAGCCUCCAUGGGGCCCUUGUUAUUUCAUGCCAGCCUGGAUGUUGGCAUGAACAGGGCAGAACAAACUGCCGUCUCGACGCAGGGCGCGCAUACCAGUACCCCAAUCUCUCUCACCAGUGUGGCAGUCUCAACGUUUCCCUCAAAGGUUUCUGUGGCUGGUGAGAGCACUUUAUUGGCGGAGGAAGUGCCCAUCUUCCAGCCGGACACGUUUACCGGUCUCCCUGUCUCAGUGGCAUCGCCAACAUCCUUCAAAUCUCUCUCUAAACUCCAGGAGGUUGGUGGGAACGUCAUGGAGGACGCCUCCAGUUUGCAACAGGAUGAGUCUGGCACCAGCAGCCCUGUCUCCACGGCUUCUGCCUCUGUUUGGAUGUCUCCUAUAAACCCUUCUGAGGUUGGCACAAGUGUCCACACCGAAGAAAAAGCACCCCUCUUGGAUACGGGUGUGAGUGCUGCCAUCUCCAUGGCUUCCGCAGAGCUCAGGGUCUCCUCUCCAAAUGUCCCAGAGGCUGGCACCAUCAUGGCCAAGUUUUCCGAUUUUCGGCCAGAAGAGUGUACCGACACUUUGCUCUCUUUGGCAUUGGCAGCAACCCCUACAGAGGUUGGCAGUGGCACUUCCAAGGAGGAAGAAACCCUCAUAGUGCAACGGGACAAAUGUACCACCGUCUCUGUGGCAUUUCCGGAAAUAUCUGAAUCCAAGUCUGAGCUCUUAGAGAUUUGUAGGAACCCCUUGAAGGAGGAGACGGCUUCCAUUCUGGAACUAGAAGAGGGCACAGACGUCCCUUUCAUAGAUGCCAAGGUGUCUCCUCCUCCUCCUCCAAAUGUCCCAGAGAUUGGUCCAGGAGCCUCCAUCUUACAGAAACAAAAUCCUAGUACUCCUUUCGCCAUGGCUUCUGCAGCAGCCUCGCUGUCUCCUAUGAACUCAGAAGCUGGCGAGGGCACCGCCACGGAGGUCACCACUCCUGCCUUGUGCCUUCUCGGCUGCCAGUGCCACAGUGCAUGGACAUCCCCCCUGAGCUUGCUGGAGGUCAAAGAAGCGGACGGCUCCAUGGAAGAAAGGGAUCCUUCUUGCAAGCCAGGGACAAGCGACUACACUAUCGCUGGCCCUGGGGCAUCCACCAAGAUCUGGGCAACCCCCUCGCAUAUCUUGGCAUCCGGGUUGGAAGUGAUGAGUUCUGUGGUUCUGCAGACACAUAAGGGCACCAGGACCAACCCUGUCUCCGUGGCCUCGAUAGCCACCUGGAUGACCCCUCCCAGCCUUCUGGGUGUUGGAGUGAACACCUCCCCUGCAGAGAAGGCUGCGACCAAAGACAACACAGCGGAGACUGACUCUCUUCUCUGGCGUUGUUCCCGGGACGAGCUGCGUGGGCUCUCGAGGUCUGAACUGGAGGGUCGCCUGGAGAGUACCCUCAUCAUCAUGGAAGCCCUUUCCCACCAGAUGCGGGCAUGCCAGGAUUUUCAGCCAUCGGCUGCCCCGACGCACCUGGCUGGCCAGAGAGACGCGGGCACCCAGACGCCAAUUUCCGAUCCCAAAGAGGAGGAACAGCUAUACCACCAUCUCUAUGAAGAGCUGAGGGGUCGGUACCAGGCCCUCCUUCGGAGCCGGGAGAGCGAGAAGGACCUGGCCCAACGGCUGGCCAUCGCCAAAGGAGAAAUGAAAACAUGGAUGUCAGAUUCAGGGACACUCCUGGAAACAGUGGAUGCCUCCUACCUGCGCAUCCAGGAAGACCGGAGGUCUCUUGCACUACAGCAAAAGCAACUGGCUGACCUCUUCUCUCUGUGCCAAGACAAACUCCAGCGAAGUGGCCAAGAACAAGCCAAAAUGAAGGAGGAAGUGGAGAAAGCCCUACGGACCAAGGAAGCGGCAGAAUCGGUGCUGGAUUCGGUCCGGAAUCAUGCCGGGACUCGAAUCGAGUGUCUGGAGCAAAGCUUGGAGUCCCAGAAGCAUCUCCUUACUCUGUUGCAGGAGGCGAACAGAUACAUGUCAGACCUCUCCCUGGAGUACAACCGGGCCGAGGAAGAAAUGGACCGCCGUGCGAUGACCCUGCGGGAAAGUUGGAUCCAAAUGCGGCACGACAAUGAGAGGUUCACCAGCAUGGUCACCCAGUGCCUCCUUGCCACCAAGAAGGAGGCAGCGGAAGUGGCAGCAGCGCAGGAAGAGGUUGCACAGCACCAGGAGGUCUGCCGGAAGCUGGAGGAGCGGACGCUGGAGCUCCUGGAGGCCUUGAGACGCAUGGACCAACUGACCGAAGCCAAGGACUCCCUGGAAAGAGACCUGACGGAUGCGCUCCAGCGGGCGAACGUCGUUGAGCGUGAAAACGAGGAGCUGCGCCAGGAGAAAGGUGGCCUUUCCCAACAGCUGACAGAAAUGCAGGAUUUGAUCCGGAAGCUGGACGAGACAGUGGCGCGGUUGUCUCAGGAAAAAGCGGUGGCGGAACAGGAGCGCGACACUGCCCAGCAAGAUGCCCGCGAAGCCUCCGACUGCCGAGAGUUCAUGGAGCAGGAGACCCAAAUCACGCGCCGUCAGCUGGCGGAGACGGAGGAGGAGCUGAAAUGGAUGCUGGCCACUCUGCGGGAGCGUAGCACCCAGCUGGAGGACCUCAAGGAUGCCCACCGGACACUCCAGCAGGAGCAGGAGGCCCUCCGUGCGGAUUUGGCUGCCUCCAGAGCAGAGAUCCAGAGCACCAGAGUCAGCAUGGAGGGGUUCUCCCAGUCACUGCUGGAGAUGAAGGGGGUUCACUCACAGUUUCUGGAAAUGGUGGACUUUCUCCGGGCGGCAAUGAGAGGCGAGGCGUCAGAUGUGGCCCAAAAGAGUCUCCUCUACACUCCCGGGCGUCCCACUCCGAGCCGCAUGCGCUCCUCCUUCGUGGAAAGCGUCCUGAAGGCCGUGGCGGACAAAGAUUUGCGGACUCCGGGCCUCUUGAGCGAAACCACAGCCUUUACAAAAACCACACCAGUGCGGCCGCCCACGCCUUCAGAGGUCCAUCGGGACUUUUGCACCUGCAUCCAGGACCUCUGUGAUGUCGCGACUCGUCUACGCCACCUGAUCUCACAGCGCCAAGAGGCCGUGAUGGAGGAAGCCCAGCGCCUGGAAGCAGAAAUUUUACAGCAGAAGCAGAACCUUGAGGACUCAGAGCAUCAACUGCAGUUGGAGAGAGAGGCUGGCAGCGCCAACCUUGCCAAACUGAAUAAGGCCCUCCACAUGCGGAUGCAGAACGAAAAGGACCUGCAGAAAUUGAUGCGGCAGCAGGAGGAGAGGCUUCGGAUGUUUAGUGACCAGAGCCGGGAGGUUGCGCUACUGAAAGAGGAGGUCUCCCAGUUAAAAUACGGCCUCCAGAAGUCAGAGACGGAGGUGGCCACACUUUGGCAAGAAUUGCGGGCAACAAAACCAUCGGAGGAAGAUGAGACCCGGGGGAAAAUCUGGCUGCGGCAAGAGGUGGGGAAAUUGAGGGACCUCCUUUUGCAGAAGGACGACGAACGCGUGGAGCUGCAGAGCAAGUACCAGGGCCAGGUGAGGCUCCUCGAAAGCCAGCUGCACCAAGCGAAACAAGCCCUGAAGAAGCAUGAAAAGACUGCGAUGGAGGUGAAGGAGGUGUUAUCCACUUUGCCCCAGGACCUCUCCGCUGCCUCCGAGGUGCGUCGUCUCCUCGAACUACUCCCCUGAAAAGCCCUUGGGAGAUCCAGUGGUCCUUUUGUGGGCGACAGAGAGGACCCCUUUUCUCUGCUGCAUCCUUUCUGUAUAUAUGUAAAGUAAAAUAUCCAUGUUGGUUUUG